AUGGAACAUUUACAAUCUCGCUUACAUUCCUCCAACGUUGCCAGCACUUCGACAUCCAGUAGUACCAGCGUCAAUAUUAGUCCUAACGACACUACCUCGAGUUCGAACCGGUUCAACUUGGACCGGGAUUUUGAAAACACAUUGAAUGUCGCCCUACAGAAUAUAGACGCAAACCCAUUUCUUGAUCACUCUCGCCAGAGCUCUACAGUAGUCAAUUCCAUUUCAGCAAAUCACAGCAAAUUUCGCAUCGACGACAACGACAACGACAUCGACAACGAGACGGAUAGCGAUACCAACGAGGCUUACUCUCUUCACGGCUUAAAUUAUAAGGCUCGAAAUAUGUCUUCUUCAUAUCGUAAUGAUCAAACUUCAUCCCUUUUAGGAGACGUUGAGGCAGCUAGAGAUGGCAGACGGCUACGUUCGGCUGCAGGCACUUCAGGGCUUCUCUUUUCUCUGAAGGACUUUUUGGGGAUACCUCCAGGAUCGUCUAGAUCCAAAUCUUCUAUACAGAUUUCUCAUCCCCAUUCCUCUAGACCUUCAAGUGUUCAUCUUCCAGAAAACUGCAACGACUUACCUUCACCUUUGAAAGAUCGAAUAAUCAACCCUCACAUGGACGCAGAGCUGCUUCCGACAAAUGCCAUAUCGAAUGCCAAGUACAAUGCACUUACAUUUCUUCCCAUGACUCUCUACGAACAGUUCAAGUUCUUUUUCAACCUCUAUUUCCUUUUGGUGGCAUUAUCCCAGGCUAUUCCUGCCUUACGUAUAGGCUAUUUGUCUUCUUACGUGGUUCCACUAGCGUUUGUACUUACAGUCACUCUUUUCAAAGAGGCAUCUGACGAUAUACAGCGUCGUCGUCGUGAUAAUGAGCAGAACAGCGAGUUAUAUGAAGUUUUAGGUUCUGCAAGACCCGUUAGAUCCAAGGACCUUCGUUGUGGUGACCUAGUGAAACUCUACAAAGACGUUCGGGUUCCUGCUGAUAUGGUUCUUGUCCAAUCUAGUGAAUCCAGCGGUGAAUCAUUUGUCAAGACAGACCAAUUGGAUGGUGAAACGGACUGGAAGUUGCGUGUAGCCUGCCCAUUAACGCAAUCGAUAUCUGAAGAAGAUCUCAACAGCAUUCAAAUUACAGCAGAGCCUCCUUCCAGGCAUAUUCAUGAUUUUCUUGGGAAAAUGAUUUACGGUAUUAAUGCUGUAGGUUUGACUGUCGAUAACACUGCAUGGGCCAAUACCGUGCUUGCCUCUGGUUCUGCCAUUGGUUGCAUUGUCUACACCGGUAGGGAUACCAGGCAGGCCAUGAAUACCUCUGCGCCCCGUGCUAAAACUGGAUUGUUGGAGUCGGAGAUCAACCGAAUUUCCAAGAUCUUGUGUAUUUGUGUGUUCAUUCUUUCUGUAGCUCUUGUUGCCGCCAACGGCUUUGGUAAGGAUUGGUACUUGGAUAUAAUGCGCUUUCUUAUUUUGUUUUCGACCAUUAUUCCUGUGUCCUUGAGAGUGAACUUAGACUUGGGUAAAUCCGUGUAUGCGCAUCAGAUAGAGCACGAUAGGCAGAUUCCUGACACAAUAGUGAGAACAAGUACCAUUCCUGAAGACUUAGGAAGAAUCGAGUAUCUUCUCACUGAUAAAACUGGUACCCUCACGCAGAAUGAUAUGGAACUUAAGAAGCUUCAUCUCGGUUCUAUUUCAUAUGCUGGCGAUACCAUGGACUUGGUUGCUGAAUGCGUCAAGCAGAUGGGUGAAACUGCACCGACUAAGGCCAAGAAACGUAGGGAUAUGGGGGCACGCGUGAGAGAUCUCGUUGUCACUUUGGCCGUGUGCCAUAACGUGACCCCAACAUACGAAGGAGGGAAAGUGGAAUAUCAGGCUUCAUCUCCAGAUGAGAUCGCCAUAGUGAACUUUACUAAGAGUGUGGGCCUUUCUCUCACGAAAAGGGACAGGCAUAGCAUUACUCUCCUUCAUGCAUACACUGGCAGACAGUAUCAUUAUGAUAUUCUCCAGAUGUUCCCAUUCAAUUCGGACACUAAGCGAAUGGGAAUUAUAGUCCAUGAUACUGCUAGGGAUGAAUAUUGGUUCCUUGAAAAGGGUGCCGAUACUGUCAUGUCAAGAAUUGUUCAGCAAAAUGACUGGUUGGAGGAAGAAACAAGUAAUAUGGCCAGUGAAGGUCUUAGAACGCUAGUUGUUGGCCGCAAGAAGCUUACAAAGACUGUUUACGACGAAUUUCACGAGAAAUUUGAGUCUGCAUCUGCUUCUAUGAUAGAUAGAGACCAGCAAAUGGCUCGUGUGGUGACUCAGUACCUUGAACACGACUUGGAAUUACAAGGAUUGACUGGUGUUGAAGAUAAACUUCAGGAGAAUGUGAAGUCCAGUAUUGAGUCACUUCGUAAUGCUGGAAUUAAAAUUUGGAUGCUUACUGGUGACAAAGUCGAGACUGCUCGGUGUGUUGCGGUGAGUGCAAAGUUGAUUUCAAGGGGACAAUAUGUCCAUGUAGUGACACAGUUGAGUAAGAUAACAUCGUCCACUUCUGCUGCACAUGAUGUGGCUAUUCAGCAGUUGGAAUAUCUUAAAUCGAACCCCGAUGCGUGCCUUUUGAUCGAUGGCGAAUCGUUGGGUAUCUAUAUGAGGUUUUACAGGGACAAAUUUUGCAAAGUUGUCAUCCGACUACCUGCCGUGAUUGCUUGUCGUUGCACUCCUCAACAGAAGGCUGACGUAGCUACCAUGAUUAAAGAGGCCACCAACAAGCGUGUUUGCUGUAUCGGCGAUGGUGGUAAUGACGUUAGUAUGAUUCAAAGCGCCAACGUCGGUGUCGGUAUAGUUGGAAAAGAGGGUAAGCAGGCCUCAUUGGCUGCCGAUUUUUCCGUCACUCAAUUUUCUUAUCUUACAAAGCUUCUCAUGUGGCACGGCCGUAACUCCUACAAACGUAGUGCCAAAUUGGCUCAGUUUGUGAUCCACCGUGGUCUUCUAAUAUCAGUGUGUCAGGCCGUCUUCUCCAUUUGCUCUUCUUUUGCUCCAUUAGCCUUGUACCAAGGCUGGCUCAUGGUGGGUUAUGCCACUUUAUACACAAUGGCGCCUGUAUUCUCAUUAGUGUUGGAUUAUGAUGUCAGCGAGGAUUUGGUCACUUUGUAUCCGGAGCUUUACGAGGAAUUGACCGAAGGAAAAUCACUUUCGUUCAAGACAUUUUUUGUAUGGGUUGCUGUCUCCUUUUACCAGGGCAUAGUCAUGCAAGGAUUGUCGCAGUUAUUUGUUGGCCUUGACGAAGUGCUGUUCACGUCUAUGGUGGCUAUUAGUUACACUGCUCUAAUUAUCAAUGAGUUAAUUAUGGUGGCAUUCGAGGUCCAUACAUGGAAUAAAACCAUGGUGUGGACUGAACUAGUCACGUUAGGAUUGUACAUAGGUUCUGUGCCGUUUUUGUCCGACUACUUCGAUUUGAGUUAUGUUGCAUCUGCUUCGUUCGUCUGGCAGUCUAUUACCAUCUUGGCGAUCUCUUUGGUUCCUAUUUGGGCAGCCAAGGCCCUUAGUAGGAAGCUCAGACCUCCAAAUUAUGCCAAGGUGCAGCAAGCUGCCUGA